GACCCGCGUGCAGUCACCCAGUGCGGAGUAACGUAGUCACAUGUGUAUUACCAUACAUAAAAUAUAAUUUAAUAUUGUCGUUAUCGUUCCGUUCGCGUAUUUUAUUAAAUACAGCAAUCCGUUCGGUAAUAUUAUUAGUGUGGCGGUGUUUUAAUAAAUUAAUUAUUAUCAAUUGUGUCUAAUUUUUUUUAUUGGAAUUCAAUUUUUAAAAUUUUUUUUUCCAUAAUUUUAAUUUUUUGCGUCUAAAGUACACACAGAUGAACAGUGCUCGGUGAUCGCCGCCUCGGAUGGAAUAUUAUUUUCGAAAUAUUAUGACGUACAGUGAUAAUUACUACUAACGAACAUCGGGAGGGCUAAUGUAAUAACCCCUCACAAUAGUAACAGGUGACGAUGAGCGCGACGACAACGACAACGACGGCUGACUGCGAGCUGCUGGGUCGGGGGCCCGUUCAAGGGUCCGCCGACUCGGACAGCCUGGCCACGCUGGUCAGGCAGCUGUGCAAGAAGCAGCAACAGCGCGGCCGGUUACCGGGACGCCGUUGCACGGUGUCAUGCAGCCGGGACGUCGGGCUGGAGAUCGUGCCGUACCAGAGGAAGCGGCCGGACGACGAGGGUUUCGAGUCGGACGAGGACUUGGCGUCGCUCGGAUCGUACGACGAUCCCGCCAAGAGGAAAACGGGAACGCUGGCGGCCGUGUCGGCGGCGGCGGGUGCGGCCUCGGACAGCGCCAACAGCAGCGGCGUUUCGGAGGACAGCGACGACGCUGACGCCGCUUCGCUGAGAGGCGGACAGGCGCCGGUCGUGGUCGCCGCGGAGACGGCCGACGGAUCGGGUCGUGAGGCGUACGGGCUGAACGACGUGGCGUUCUGUCACACGGACGCGGCCGCACUGCCCGGCAUCGCAGUGUGGGUGAUCAAGACCAGGAGGACGCCGUCCGCGGGCCUGGAGGCUAUCGUGGUCCGGAGCCGGGACAACAGGCUGCAGGACGUGUGUCGGGCGUACCAGGAGCACAGCAGGCGCAUGAAGCUGGAGCCGAAGCCUUGGGCGGGCCACGGGAACAGCGGCGGUGGACCGUUGUCGUCGCAAAGGCGCAAAAUCGGCGUCGGCGUCGGUGGUGCAAGCAACAACAUAGCGCUGACGGCGAUGCCCGAAGUAAACCGGUUCAACCUGGUGCAGCGGACCGACACCGACGGGGUGACGCACAUCGAAGUCACGGCGGGACCUGUGGUGGCCACGGCCAAUUCCGCCUCCAGGGACUCGUCUCAGUCGAGCAUCAUAAGCAUAAGCACGCCCGAAUCGCCGAGGCCGGCCGCUAAAGACCGGUCUUACGGGGACGAGGACGACCGAGACCGAGACGACGGCGACGGUGGCAUUGAGCCGCCCCCGCAGAGACCGGAAAGGAGGAAAUACAAAGUGAAAUCGGACGGUGGUGACGGAACUAACGAAGACUACAGGCGGCAACAAAAGGUGGUCAGGGGCCAGUUCAUCAGGGUCAAUGUCAACCAUUGCGCCGUGUUGCCGCCGGCCAGUCCGGAACCGGAAAGGAAGUCUGGCCAGGAGUCGCCGGCAAAAUCUACCACCGGCGCGUCGCCAACGGCCGUCGUCUCGGACCGGCUGUGGUCGACGGCAGAUUACGACAGGCUGGACGGCCGGUACGAACAACACAGACGGUCUAGCAACAGCCGGACCCGGAGCAGGAGUACGGGACCGGGUCGCCGGCAACAGCAUCCGCUGCAGCUGGCCGCGGUCCAGCCAUCGCAUCCUCCGCCGGUGGCGUUCAGUCGAUACCCGAACGUCGAGCAGCAGCAGCAACAGCCGUCGUCGUUCGGCAACCGGUUUUUCGGCAAACUCCGCGAGAUAACUUCCGGCAAUCAGUCACCGCCGCUCCAGGACUUGCAGCCCGUGGCUUUCCGGCGACGCAAUAGCGUCGGCGAAUCUGUCACCGCCAACUUCUAUCAAUACUUUAGCCAUCAACACCAUCACCAACACCAUCAACACGGCCAAUAUCAGCAACAGCAGCAACAGCACCAGCUCUACCAGCAGCAGCUCCAGCUCCAGCAGCAGCAGCAGCAGCAGCAGAGGCAACAAGUCAAAAACGGCGGACAUCUCAAGUCGGUGAUCAAAAAGAACAACAACAAGAGCCAACUGUAUCAACAUACCUACGACGAACCCAAAAAGGUCACGUUCAGCGCCUACGCCACUGUUCAAGUUGUCGAUUGACUGUAGGCAUCCCCCCCCCCCAUACAUUCGUUGUACCAUAUACAAAGUUUACUUGUGUUAUUUAACGUCAGUCGUCGUCGUGUUACCAAUAGAUUUAACCGGUCACGCUGACCGCCUGUCGGGCAAUAGGGCGUAGUAUAUUAUAUAAAUUACCGAAAAAUUGCUCAAAUUCACUUACAUUGUGUUUCUGUUUUGCACUUAAAAGAUCGCAAUACGAUAUGAUCGACAUUGGCUGUGGAGCGAUUCGAUUUAUGAAAUUGGCAAACGAUAAACGUCCUAUGUUUAACGUUCUAACGAUUUCAAACUACCUAUUCGUCGUCUAGUCGACAGUUUAUUUCGCCUCGUUUUCAUUUUAAUAACGAACAAAAUCGCAGCACUGCAACAUACAUAUUUCGUUCCAAAUCUCGUUUUUUACCCCGUCAAAAAUCAAUCAUCAAAUCAAAAUCUAAUAAAUCGUUAUGGUCGCGCGUCACAUUGGCCAUUGUAUUAAGAGGUCAAGUUCGUGUCUUCGUCGUCGAAGGCAUCUGUAAACUGGGCCCCCGACACGACACUGUAUUCAUCGUUAAAUUACUCUAUUUCCUUUUUACGUGGGAAUUCUUUGAUUGUUUCAUCGUUUUAUCUUCGGCCGGAAGAUAGUAAACGGACGGAAACGACAUUAAAAUACGACGCAUGUUUAUUUUAAUACAGUGGACGGUAAACCCAUAUAAUGUGUAUAUUGUAUAGUGUAUAAAAUACCUACACUAUUGAAUAUUACGUCAUUGUUGUUCUAGUUUCGAGAAUGUGAUCGAUCAAUUAUUAUUAUUAUUCUAUUAUAUAUUUUUAUCAACAAGCCAUUCACGAAUAUUACGCCCUCUUACCCGUUACGCGUUCGCGUUAUACUCUAGUAAAGCUAUUCGCUAUUCAGAUUGUUGCUCAUUAAACGAAAUAUUAAUAUAUUUUAUAAAUAUAUAUUACCUAUUUGAUAUGUCAUCGCUGGCGCGCAUAUUAUUGAAUUGUACAUUAAGUUAACUUAUACACGCAACAUUUUAAUUGUAGACAAUAAGAGUAUAACUUAAUUUUCUUAUUAUAUCUAUCAGUUACGUAUUUUUUUUUUCUGUAUAACAUAGAUAAGACGACACCGCUGCAACCGUAGAUAGGCAUUUGCAUGUGUGUUUUUUUUUUUUUUUGGG